UGCACUAUUUCUCGCAUAGAUAGAUACACACGAUACGGUCGCGACCCGAUUGAUGUAAUAACUAAAAAGAACUGCCGACGCGCGUGCAGUCGUGCACUCCUCUCUCCGUCUCUUCAGUCUUCGGCUGCGACUCCUCGAGUCCUCUCCCUCGUUGGAAAGAGAGAGAUGCUUGAAAACCAUACCCCAACACUACCUGCAGCAGAUACAGCCAUCAGGCGUCAUGCUCCUCCCGAUCUAAGGAAUCGCCCUCUUAACAGGCGCAAGUCAGCAGAUCGAUUUGAUCAAAUAAAAAAUCUUUAUGGAAAUGAUGUAGAGAAGAAUCAAGUUGGUGCUUCAAGAAACUUUCCCAUCAUCGAUCAUGGGGAUUCAGGGAGCAGCAAUCUUCUGAAUGAAAAUCAUUGUUCAGGAUUAAUAGCUUUAGAGGGAUGCUGUCGCAGUGAAGCUUCUCGGCUCUUGGAUGAUCGCUGGGCAGCUGCGUUGGAUUGCUACAAUAAUCCAUCAAUAGAUUUAUCUGAGAGACCAGUUAUGUACGCAGGAACUGCCCCAUCAGCAUGGAGUUUUAGACUUCCUCAUCAGAUGACGGAUCCAGUUGGUGCUGGACCUUAUGGUUCACCUAUGGACUUCUUGGGUGAACUUCGCCGAGCACAGCGCACUGCAAAUACCAAUUUUGGCACGUAACACAGCAUCUACACGCGACUAGUAUGUUCCUGGAUGUUUACUUUUGGUAUUUAAUUUCAGUCGGAAAAAACAGUACUACCCUCUUGUAUGUGAAUCUUCAAACUAAAAUGUGUAUGAAAAUGAAAGUGAAGUUUGAGCGUCAA